GUGUUAGUUCCUGUUUUGAACAGGACACGGCCGCUGUCCAACAGUGUUCACUUAUUUUAUCUACUGCAGGGGAUUUUAUACUUAAUAUUCAAAAUAACAGCCAGUUUCAGCAUCAGCGAUGGAGGAAAUUUACGUCAAUGUGAAAUCUGCCAAGCCUGCGUGCCAAAUUCCUGCAUCCGAGAAUAGAGGUUUGAGCAACUACAAGAAGAGGGCCUCUGUAGGUAUUAUUAUAUUUUUGGGAAUCCUGAAUGUUUUACUGCUGGCUGGACUCAUCACCCUUCAUGUCUAUUCUUCUAAACUGGCAGCAGAUCUUUCCAACAUCAAUGAAAAUCUGACUGAGCAGCUACAGGACAGCAACAACAAGCUUUCAUUUAUGAUUGAAGAGAGAGACCUGCUGACUGCUAACCUCACUGAAAUGACUAAAAAGCUAAACGGGCCUCGAGGAACAUGUCCUACAGGAUGGAGAAUGUUCAAUUGUUCCUGUUACUUCCUGUCUACAACAAAGGGCUCCUGGGAUGAAGGCAGAAAGGAUUGCAGAACAAGAGGAGCAGAUCUGGUGGUGAUAAACAAUAAAAAUGAACAGACAUUUCUUUCCACCUUUGCUGAGACACAAACUUGGAUUGGUUUGAAUGACAAGGAAACUGAGGGAUCCUGGAAGUGGGUAGAUGCAACUCCUAUUACUCUUGCGUUCUGGGAAAACAAUCAGCCUGAUAAUGGUCUUGGAGACCCAAAGUGGGGUGAGGAGGACUGUGCACAUCUUAAAACUGAAGAAAGCUCAUUGUGGAACGACAUUUCAUGUUCAACUUCUCUCCUGUGGAUCUGUGAGAAACUACCGCUGUUCACUGCUUGACAAAUAUCUAUAUGUCAAAGUAUUUUAACCAAAGCAUAUCUUUAAAGUUUCACUUUAAUGCUGUAUUUAAAUAUGUGUUAUUGUAGAACACAUUUCGGAGCUCGUAAUAAAGGUUUUUUGUUUCAUUCCUUC